AAUGCACGAUCUAGAAUUUAAUCACUAAAACAUGAACCAAAUGGUUUUAUUUCUUCAAGAAUUGAUUUUAUUUAAAACACAGGAGAUUAUUGUUACAAAGCCUUAAAUCAACAAACCUUAUCAUUAAAAUAGUAACGAGGGAGAAUUGAAGAUUCAAUAGAAAGGUCCGUUAGAGGUAGUCCAUCAGUUCAUUCAUAUUAAACAACAAAGGUAAUUGAGACAUGAUAGGAAGUUUAAAUAUCCAUCUAUGUUAGAGUCAAUAAGAUAAAGAAGAAAUUAUAAUCUCCAAAAAUACCUAGAUGACAAUCUAACAGUAUUCUGUGACAUAAUUAAAAAGAAGGAUAUUGAAAAAUUGAUCAACUUCUUAAAUUAUCCAUUUCAAUAUUCUUAAGAAUAAAAUGUAAUCAUUAUAGAUUAAUUUAAUAGCUCUUAAAUACUUUCUGUGAGUUAUUAUAUUUUAUUGCUUAUUUUGGCAAUACUAUUUUAUAAUUAGCUAAAGCUACAUUUUUGUUUAAAGAUUGUUUAAAAUUAUCAGAAUUAUGUAGAAAUCAUUAACUGAAAAUAAAAAUAUUGAUUUAAUUAUUUUCAAUUGCAAAAUAGUAAAAUUAUUGCAAUAAUUAAUAGAUUGAAAUAAUAUGACAAGGCAUAUAAAUUUAUAUUAAAAGCACUUUCAUAUGCAUGGGCUGAGAAUUUAGAUGAUUAUGAAAUAGAUUGUUAUGAUAAAUUGGGAAUGUGUUAUUUCUAUUAAGGAGAUAUUAUCAAAGCUAAUCAUUUUCAUAAUAAAUGGGUUAAAUGUGAAAUUGAACCAAGAGAUUCUUAUUAUAGAAUAACAUCAAAAGAAUUUAUUUAAUUAUAUGAGAGAUCAUAACCAUUUUGUAGAGAAUUUGAUGAUAAAAUAUCUAGAUAUAUUCAUAUUCCUUUUACUAAUUUAAAAACAGGAUAAUCAUUCGAUUUUAAUUCAACAUUAAAAUAUAAUAAUUGUGAAUCAAUUCCAUUAUUAAAUGAAAUUCUUAAUGGUUAUGAAUAUACAGAAUAUUUUUUAGAAUAUCAUUAUGUAGAUUAAGCAUAAAAAUAAUAUUUAAAAAAAUCAUCAUUACCUAGAAGAGCUCUUGAAAUUAUGUCUAAAUAUGAUAAAAAUAAAGAUAAAUAUUUAUUUGAUCAUAAGAUUCAUGAAAACCCUAUUUAUAAAUUAUCAUUAUAGGAGAAAGUUAAUUAUAGAAAAACUAAAUUUUAUUCACUUGAUUCAGUAAAAUAAAAUAUCUAAAAAUUUAUUUCUUAAUAAAGAGAACCUUUUAAAAAAAGUGAAAAGAUUUAUGUUAAGGAAUCCCAAAGAAAAGAUUUAUCACCUGAAAAUGGUAAUUAAUUAACAUUACAUUUUAAAAAACUUUUGGUAAGCAUAAUUGAUUAAAAUUGA